AUGUUUUACGUUUGCCGAUUAUCGUGCAUAUCUAGAGCAACUGUACUUGACUGGGAUUAUAUAUUAAAUGCUGAGAAUUCUCAAGCGAUCGCAGAGAAUAUCAAACGAAGAAAAGAAACUGAAUAUGCUGACAUUGAACAAAUUCAUGCUCUACAUCGUGAUGUUCAAACUCUUUUUCAUCGUAUUGAAGACAAGAAACUGGAUCCAAUUCAAGGCGAAGAUCAGAUCAAAGUGAAAAUUCAAGAUUUAUACAAUCGUGCUUUGAGAUUACCCAACAACACACAUCCUGACGUGUCAUCCAGUACUCAAGAUCAAGCACGUAUAAUUCGCGAAGUUGGAAAGAAGCCAGAUACGACAGAUUCUUGGCCUGCGGUCGAUCAAAUCGGUCAAGAGUUGAAUAUGAUUCAAUUAGAAAAUAUGGGCCAUGUGUCAUUUCGAGGUGCCUAUGCACUGUUUGGUGAUUUUGCGCGUUUAGAACGUGCUUUAAUGUAUUAUGCGUUUGAAAAACUCACACAAAAUGGAUUUAAACUAGUUUCGGUUCCUGACAUUAUUCAUCGAGGCAUUAUUGAAUCAUGUGGUUUUCCAACACGAGGUAAACGAUCUCAAGUUUAUCAAUUGGAUUACGGUGAAGAAUUUGGUCGAUAUUGUCUUGCUGGUACAUCUGAAAUGCCUCUCGCUGGUCUUCUCAAACAUAACACAUUUCGUAAAGAUGAGUUACCUCUUAAGCUAGCAUCAUGCAGUCGUUGUUAUCGAGCUGAAUUACCUGGUGGAAAAACAGAAGGUAACCUGUAUCGUGUACAUGAAUUUAAUAAAGUGGAAAUGUUUGCUGUGACAACGGAUGAUGAGAGAGCUUCGCAAGAAAUGCACAAAGAAAUUGUGCAACUAGAAGCAACUAUGUUCGAAGAACUUGGAUUACAUUUCAGGAUACUUGAUAUGCCAUCGGAAGAACUUGGACUUUCUGCUUACAGAAAAUAUGAUAUCGAAGCUUGGAUGCCAGCGAAGAAGUUUUACGGCGAAAUAAGCAGUGCAUCCAAUUGUACUGAUUUUCAAUCGCGUCGGUUACAUAUCAAAUACAUCGAUGAUAAUGGUGAAGAAAAAUUCGUCCAUACAUUGAAUGGAACAGCUAUGGCCAUACCGCGCAUGCUGACAGCAAUCAUUGAAUCAAAUUGGAAACCAGACAAAGAACGUGUAGAAAUACCUGUUCCACUCCGUCCCUUCAUGGGCCACAGAGAGUUCAUCUCCAAAACGUCUUCAACACCAAGAACUCAAUGGAUAAAAUUUCUUAGUUGA